GCAGGUCAACUUUGAAGAGUAGCCGGUACCUACUUCAUGGGCUUGGGAAUCAGGCAGCUCUGGGUAUGAAUGGCAGCCCCACAACUCAGCUGGCUUUGCGGCAAGGGGCCAGUUCCUAAGCCCCUCUGAUCGACAUCAAACAGGUGGUAGCCUCUACCUCAACAUCAGAUAGGUGGUAGCCUCUACUUCUCAAGCGGGACUGAUCCAGUGAGCCUAGCAUGCCUGGAAUACAAAAGGGGAAGCUAAGGCUCUGUAGAGACAGCUUCUGUUGCUGCCUGUGGUCUGUCCUGCGUUUUGUGCCCCCUACUCUCCCCAAGCCCCAUCUGGCUCACUCUGAGGUCUCCUCGCUUCCCUGCCUUCAUCUCCAGGCAGCGUAGUAGUAGUACCGAAAGUAUGGAUUUCAUAUCAAGUGGAAUCCCAGUCUUGCCACUUACUAGCUGACUGUCAGCCGCCUCAGUGUCUUGUCUUGAGAAUGGAUCAGUUGUUAGAAUUUGUAACGCGAGGGACUGUGUUCUAGUACGGCCCCAAUUGCAGUCUUGACUACAGCUGGCCCAUAAUAUUUCCCAUAGUCUGUGUCCACUGGACCAGAAAUGGCAGCUACACUUCCCUGGGAAGGGCUGACCUCUGCUCUCUUCUCCUUUCCCUUCCAUUCUUUCUCUUUUCCUCCUCCUCUGUCUUCGUUAGUUUAUGCAUAUGCCUGGAAAUGCGGGGAGGUCAGAGGUUGACCCUGAACAUCUUCCUUAGUCACUCUCCACCAUUGUUUUUGAGUCAGUCUCUCACUGAACCAGGACCUCACUAAUUAGUUAGCCUGACGGGUGUCUGUCUCCUCGGUCCUGUGAGAUCGCAUCCAGUUCUUUAUGUCGGUCCUGGGAUUGAACUCUGGUCCUAAUGCAGACACAACAAGUACUUCAACUGAGCUGUCUCCCUACCCUGUAAGCUGUCUUUCAAAAACACGGUGCCUUUAAGAAAUUUAUCUUUUCAGGGCGAGGGGAGAGUAUAGGGGGCUUUGGGGAUAGCAUUUGAAAUGUAAAUGAAGAAAAUAAUUUUAAAAAGAAAUUUAUCAUUUAAAGUUUCUGACAUGCUGAGAUGGAGCAAAAGCAACAAAACACACCCAUGCACCCAAGGUGUGAGAAUCACUCCAUGGUAUCUGAUGUACACUACCAUAAGCUGCAGCCGCCAGCAGCCACGGGUUCCUGGCUUCCUGAAAGGAAAGCUGGGGAUGGAUGGCGAGGAAGGGGCGAGAAAUAAUGAGCCAAGAUAAAGUCCUCUGAUCAAGGCUCAACUUUAAUAUCCUAAUGUCUGAUCUUUAAAGGGAGGGGGGAAUCCAUCCCCCACUGUGCCAGGAUCCCACUUUCUCAUCAGGAAGACAAGCUCGGCUGCUCAGCAGGUAGCUUCUUGCAGGAAGCUGCAGAUGUGCACAGAUGUGGCAGACAAAACUUUACCUAGGUGCCACCUGUGAGGACCAGCCAGCUGCCAGAGGGCUUGCCCAGGAGGCUGAGGAAGGCCUCUUCACUUAUGUAUUCCGGCCAUCCCAACACAUACGCAGCCACCAGGUGACUUCAGCCCAGCUGUGGUUCCACACAGGCCUAGGCAGGAAGAGCACAGCAGCCGCCAAUAGCUCUGCGCCCCUGCUAGAUCUUCUGGUGCUAUCAUCUGGGGGGCCCAUGGCUGUGCCUGUGUCCUUGGGACAGGGCCCGCCACGCUGGGCUGUACUGCACCUGGCGGCGUCUGCUUUCCCUCUGCUGACCCACCCCAUCCUGGUGUUGCUGCUGCGAUGCCCACUCUGUUCCUGCUCGGGCCGGCCUGAGACCACUCCUUUCCUGGUAGCCCACACUAGGGCUCGAGCACCCAGUGCGGGGGAGAGGGCCCGGCGUUCAACUCCCUCCGUGCCUUGGCCUUGGUCUCCUGCGGCUUUGCGCUUGCUGCAGAGGCCUCCCGAGGAACCCGCUGCGCAUGCCUUCUGCCAUCGAGCUGCUCUCAAUAUCUCCUUCCAAGAGCUGGGCUGGGACCGCUGGAUCGUACACCCUCCCAGUUUCAUCUUCCACUACUGCCAUGGUAGCUGCGGGAUGCCCACAUCUGACCUGCCCCUGCCAGUCCCUGGGGUGCCCCCUACCCCGGUUCAGCCCCUGUUUUUGGUGCCAGGGGCCAAGCCCUGCUGUGCUGCUCUUCCGGGGAGCAUGAGGUCCCUACGCGUCCGAACCACCUCAGAUGGAGGUUACUCUUUCAAGUAUGAGAUGGUACCCAACCUUAUUACUCAACACUGUGCUUGUAUCUAAAAGCACCUCCGCCUCCUCCUCCCAUAGCCGAUGGCCACAGUCAAUUCACCACCCCAGGGUCCUCAGCUAGGAGGAGGACAGAGUGUGGAAAGUAGACAGUUUCCACUUCCUUUUCCCUACAUCUUUCAGUAUGAGGGAUCCAUAUCCUGCUCCACCCAGGUCCUGUGGAUAACAAUAAAAAAGGAAGUGUGUGUGCCUUUGUA